GUCAAGGGCCAUUGUAUGAUUGGAUGGAUUUAAGCUCGACGGAACAGUUUCAUCCGGAUUAUUGAGUCUCCCACAAAAAAAAGACAAAAAAAUUACGCCUCUCUCUUUUAGUGGACCAAAAACGUCGUAACCAACAACAGAAUGUCAAAGGUGUAUACCCUUUCCGAAGUAGCAAAGCAUGCUACGUGUGACUCUUGCUGGGUCAUUUAUAACGACAAAGUCUACGAUGUCACGGAGUUUAUGGCCGAUCAUCCUGGUGGAGAUGAUUUGAUCUUGGAUUAUGCUGGCAAGGAUGUCACUGCGGUGAUGAAAGAUGUGCUUGAACACGAUCAUUCCGAAGCCGCCUAUGAAAUUUUGGAGGAUUAUUGCAUCGGUAGCAUUGACAAGCUGAAAGCCGACAAAGAAAUGGGCGCCUCUUUGCUUCAUCGGCGUCGAAUGCAAUUGCUAGAGGAAGAAGAAGAAAGUAAGACGUAUCAUCAACAGGACUUUCAUCCCUCCGAAACCGAUGUCACCAUGGACAUUAAGCGCAACCAGUUCUUGGAUCUGCGAAAAGCUUUGGUGCCACAAAUGUUUCGAGCCAGAUUUACCAAGGAAUUCUAUCUGGAGCAGGUCCACAAGCCACGCUAUCUGUCCAAGCCUGCCAUUUUCUUUGGUCAUCCUUUGCUCGAACCGCUGAGUAAAACAGCAUGGUAUAUGGUCCCUAUUAUCUGGUUACCGUACACUGGCUAUCAUUUGUGGAAAUCGUUGGCCUUUUCAAUGCCUGUCGCGACCGGCAUGUCUUUCGCCCUUGGUGUGCUUAUCUGGACCUUACUCGAAUACGUCCUGCAUCGCUUCCUGUUCCACUUGGAUGACCUUCUACCUGAUCACCAGAUCGCUUUCUUAUUGCAUUUUACAUUGCACGGCUUCCAUCAUUAUUUGCCCAUGGAUAGACUUCGUUUGGUUAUGCCGCCAGCCUUGGCUUGCGUACUUGCUUACCCAUUAGUGAGUCUCGGUCAUUUUCUCUUUCCUCCUAUGGUCGCCCACGGUGUCAUUGCCGGUGGCUUCUUCGGUUAUAUCUUGUAUGAUAUGACCCAUUAUUACCUCCAUCAUGCUAAAGUAAUCAGUUUGCAUUUCCGGGAGAUGAAGAAAUACCAUAUGGCCCAUCAUUACAAGAACUACGAAGAUGGUUACGGUAUCACCUCCAAGAUUUGGGAUUAUUGCUUCGGCACAGUCCUCCGAUACACGGCUUAGAAUAACAUGAUCUGCAUUAGUAUUUGUCUCUUUUGUUUUUUUAAUUACCUUAUCUACUCCUAUAAUCUUCUUUUAUUUUUUACUGUUCUCAUUAAAAGCAUG